UGCUCCACACCAGUUGUUCACCACACGUCUUCCACUCAUCGCAAACUCAGGCCAAGGGGAAGACAGCGCACACGCGUAUAGUCCAACACACAUCCCAGAGGCAGGGACGAAGACCACUCAUUGAAGAGCAGCGACAAACGAACCAGGGAUUGUUGCCCAUUUACAUCUAGAUCACAACACGAGCCAAUAUGGAGCUAUUUGAGACCAACCCAUACUUCUUUCCUGAUCAGCGAUUUUAUGAAGGAGGGGACAGCUACUUCCCCUCUCGCCUACCUGGGACAUACGACCAAGCUGGUUACCAGGACAGAAACUCCAUGAUGGGCUUGUGUGGGAGUCUAGCAGGAGGUGCCGGUGUCGGAGUCGCAAGUACUGAGGAUAAAGCAUCUCCCUCCAGCCUGUCACCUCAUUCUGAGACCCACUGCCCUGGUCAGUGCCUACCCUGGGCCUGUAAGCUGUGCAAAAGAAAGACUGUGACCAUGGAUCGCCGGAGAGCAGCAACGCUGAGGGAGAAGAGACGCCUGAAGAAGGUGAACGAGGCCUUCGAUGCUCUGAAGAGGAGCACCUUGAUGAACCCCAACCAGAGGCUGCCCAAAGUGGAGAUCUUGCGGAGCGCCAUACAGUACAUCGAACGGCUACAAGCGCUGGUGUCCUCUCUCAACCAGCAGGACACUGAGACAGGACAGCAGGGACUGCACUAUCGACCCACCCUGACCCAGCCCAGAGUGUCGUCGUCCAGCGAGCCCAGUUCGGGGAGCACCUGCUGCAGCAGCCCCGAGUGGAGCAGCACUCCGGAGCAGUGUCCGCCAAGCUACAGCGGUGAGGAUCUCCUGAGUGCUGCAGAAUCUCCUGAGCAGGGGAACAUGCAGGCCCUGACUUCCAUUGUGGACAGCAUCUCUGCUUCAGACGGAGCUGUGGCCUUUCCUGUAGACAUUCCCAAAUAGACCUUUCAAAACGAUGGGAACACAAAUGUAGAUGCACAGAGAUCCGUAAAUUACAGAGGAAAUAUAGCUAAUUAGUGACGCUGUUUGACUGGAGUACUUAUUUUGUUUUAGUGAAUCUACAAACUUUGGUUUUCUGUCUUAUGCAAACGAUCAAAAAUCUGAAUUAAUGAAUUAUCAUUGCAACUCUACUGGGUCUACUGGCUAAACUGAAUUCCUCCUUUUACAAUGAGGCCUUAUUCCCUGUAUUACAUGCCUUAUCCUGUGGUCCAGCCCUGUUUGUCAGAGCUACAGAUGCUCAGUCUAACUUGAGAUUCAAAGAUUUUGCUGCAUGAACCCAAAAUCCUAGUUAUCUGAGUGAAUCUCUGUUAAACCUUCCUCCAGACUCACAGAUGGAUUGUAUUGUUCUAACUUAAUUUAAGUUUUCCUCCGUAUCUUAGAUUCUUUUUGUGUGAGUUUAAUGCUUAAAAAAAUACAUGAAUUUAUUUGUGGGGCCAAUAUGUAUCAUGGCAGUUUUGACCAAGAUCUGCUUAAUUUAAACAGGUUAUAAAUGCUUUUGUUGUAAAUACGUUCCCCUUUUUUUUACAGAGUGGUUUUGCCAUUUUAUUUUGUAUCUUUGCUAACUUAUUUUUGACUUUUAUAACUAAGAUUGUUGUGUAUUUGUAGAUGUUCUGAAAAGUAAUAUUGUUCUGUUUUAAUUCUUGGAAUAAAAAAUGGUUUUCAAUAA